GCCUGUGUUCGUUCGCACCUCUGCGUGAGUAGCUGACAAUGGACCCAGCGGGCGUAGCUACGUCGCUGCUGGUUUUGCUGGCAGCAAAUAACACCUCGGUGCUCGACUGUGUCUGUAACCACGUCGCCAGCGUCACCGACGAAAUGAGUUACGGCGAUGGACUGAUGUGGGAGACGUACUGCCAAGACCUCGGAAAUUAUUAUCUGUUCGAAACGUGCGAGAACCUGGAGGCGCCGUCCGUCGCGGUGCCGGCCGCCACACGGCUGGUGCCGCGCAGAGGCCACGAGCCGCCGCCCGCGGAGGACGAGGAGUGCGGCCGCGCCCUCGCGGAGGUUCGCCACCUCACGGAGGACAGCUCCAGGGAGCUCACCAGGGGCCUCAUCCGCAGCGUCGCUGCCGACUGCAUUCGCUCUUGCUCUGUACAAGGGUACGUACGCCACUGA